AUUUCGGUGACGAGAGAGCCCGCCUUUGCGUUCCAAUUUUUGGCACCAGAAAUUUUGAAAUCCCCAAAAAAUUUGGUUUUGUUUCUCCUCUUAAUCGUUUGUCUUCUUGAUUUAGGGUUUUUGAGAUUCUCACGAAAACCUCUGAGAUCUAGUUUUGUCUUUACCCUUUUCCGUCUUAAUUCGCUUCGAUUUUGUUUUUUCCUUUUGGACUCGCAUGGCGACUGAAACCCUAGAAGAGAAGACACCGGAAGUCAAAUCUCCGGCGAAGGAGGAAGAUGGUGCUGGUAAUUCUCCGGAGGAGAAGGCGAUAGUGAAAGAAGAAGCGAAUUCUCCGGAAAAAGACGAGGCGGAGAUGAAGAAAGAGGUAGAGGAGGAUGAAGCGAAAGAAAUAAAAUCGGAGGAGAGAGAUGAAGAUGGUGCCGGUAAUGCUACGGAUGAGAAGGGAAUAGUGAAAGAAGAAGCGGAUUCUCCGGGAAAUGAUGAUGCGGAGAAGAAGAAAGAGGUAGAGGAGGAUGGAGAGAAAGAAGCAAAAUUGGAGAAGAAGGACGAAGAAGAGGAUAUAGAAAGCGAGGAGGACGAAGAAGAAGAUGGAAGCGAAAGCAAGAAAUCGUCGGAGAAGGAGGCGGUGACUCCGACUAGUGAUAGGCCCACGAGGGAGAGAAAGAAGGUUGAGCGUUUCUCGUUGGCUACUCCUAUGCGGGCUACACCGAGCAAGUCCGUUUUAAUCGAAAAGGGCAGUGGAACAACACUCAGGGAAAUUCCAAACGGUACGUAUGUACAUACAAUCUUUGCUGCUUUGACACAUCUUUUAAACGUAGAAGAUGAGAUAGUGGCUUAUCAACUAUCCAAGAGAAAGGCUGACGACAACCUGGUCUUACUACACACCAUUCUUUAUGGGAAGAAAGCAAAGGCUCAGAUGAUUAAGAAAAACAUUGGUCAGUUUUCUGGCUUUGUAUGGUCAGAGAAAGAGGAGGAGAAGCAAAGAGCACGAGCAAAGGAGAAGCUUGACAAAUGCAUAAAAGAAAAAUUAAUCUUCUUUUGUGAUGUACUUGAUAUACCUAUAAGCAGAAGUAACGUGAAAAAAGAAGAACUAGCUGUCAAAGUGCUUGAAUUUUUGGAAUCUCCCAAACCAACAAGAGAUGUUAUACUUGCUGAUCGAGAGAAGCAAGCCAAAAAGCGCAAGAGCACAUCAAAAAGGGGGAAAUCAGGAGAAUCUUCAGAGACGCCAGCCAAGAGGAAAAGGCAAACCAAAAAGCGAGAUCGGCCGUUGGACACAGAUGCAGGCAAGGAUGAGGGAGAUUCUGAUUCUGAAGGCAGUAAGGAUUCUCAUGUAGAAGACGAUGCAGCACCAGAAGAAGAAAGUGACCAUGAGAAGACUGAAACUGAAGAUGAGAAAGACGAAGCAGAGGAUAAAAAGCCAUCAGAUAAGAAAAGCUCAUCGAAAAAGACUGAAGAAGAGACCUCAGGUACCAAAGGUAAGGAGAAACAAGCUUCAGCCAAAGGUAAUAAAAAAAUAGGUGAAAAGUCCUCCAAAAAAGGUUCUAAGUCAGCUUCAUCCCCAACCAAGAAGCAAAAAAUUGAUCACGACGAGUCGUCUAAAGAGAAAAGCAAGAAACAGUCAAGUAGGCCACAGGCUAAGGGAUCUAAGGAGAAAGGAAAAGCCACUAAGAAAGGCAAAGCAGGCCCCACCAGAGAAGAGAUGCUUGCAGUGGUGUCCACAAUUCUGAAGGAAGUAGACUUCAAUACGGCAACAUUAUCAGAUAUUCUACAGAGGCUAAGCGACCAUUUCGGUGUUGAUCUCUCGCAAAGAAAACCAGAGGUGAAGGAUGUUAUCACAGAUGCUAUAAAUGAAAUGACUGAUGAAGAAGAAGACGAAGAUGAAAAAUCUGAGGCUGGAAGUGACAAAGAGAAGGAGGAAGAAGAAGAUGAUGAAGAGGAAAAAGCUGAGGCUGAAAGUGACAAAGAAAAGGAUGAAGAAGAAAAGCAAAAGGAUUAGUGACUUUCUUCUCUCAAGAGAAGCAAAAGUGAUCAGCAUUUGUGUUGGAUCAGAGCAAGUGAUAAUUAGAGAGUGUUGAGUCUCUGUACUUUUGUAUUGUGUAAUCUUUAUAUAGUUUUCAGCGUCUUCUUCUUGUGUAGCUGUUACAUGUUAGGUUUUCUAAUCCGUGUUCUAUUUGAUACCCUCUGAUAGGAAAUUUUAUUAUUCUGAGUCCCUUCAAUUUUAAGACAUCUUCGUAUAUUCUGUUUUUCGAUUUUGGGCCGAAUGAAAUUAUGGGCUGCUAGUAACUUACUUAAAAGUAUGUUCUUUGUUCCGAUUUUG